ACUGGGUGAGGAGAUGCAGAGCGGAGACCAGUUCCCAGGCGGUGGCCUUGGCCGAAGGUUUCCUCCUCAGCCACCAAGAGGAUGUGAAGCAGGAACGGCAGCAGGGCCUGUUUGCAGAAGAAGCCACUGACUUCUCCGAGGUACAGAAUGCGGCCCCAGUGGACUCUCGGCAGAGGCUUCUGUCCAAGCUGGAUUAAGCAGGAGGAGGAUGAAGGCGUCACUUUGCGGAGAGAUGUGCCAAGUAUGCCAGUUAUAUGUUCUACCUCAUCUCUCCCUUCCGGUCCAAUGGAAGUGGUUUCUGGGCAACCGGAUCAGGUUUCUUUUGAGGAAGUGCCUGUACAUUUCACCGAAAAGGAGCAUGCCCUGCUUCAUCCAGGCAAAAUCACCGUGCACCGCAAAGAAUCCAUGGCUGAGAAUUCUGGGGUUGUGGCCUCUCAGCCUAAGUGCCCGAAAAUCUCCAGCGGGAAGAGGACUUUAACCGACCACCACCAAGGAAAUCACGCGGGGAAGAAACCGUACACCUGCCUGGAGUGCGGGAAAAGCUUCACGCGCAAGAGAAGCCUCACUAUCCACCAGAGAAAUCACACAGGGGAAAAGCUGUACAACUGCUUGGAGUGCGGAAAGGGCUUCACGCAGAAGGGGCACUUCAUUACACACCAGAGAUCUCACACGGGGGAGAAGCCCUUCCAAUGCUUGGAGUGCGGGAAAAGCUUCGCGCAGAAGGGGCACUUCACGGCCCAUCGAAGAUCCCACACAGGGGAAAAGCCGUACACGUGCUCCGAGUGCGGGAAGAGCUUCACGCAGACGACGCACCUCUCCACACACCUGAGAUCUCACACAGGGGUAAAACCGUACACUUGCUUGGAGUGCGGGAAAAGCUUCAGCGUCAAGGCGACGCUUCGAUCCCACCAGAGAUCUCACACGGGAGAGAAGCCCUACAAAUGCCCGGCGUGUGGAAAAAGCUUCAGCAUGCUGGCGAACCUUAGGAGACACGAGAGAAUCCACGCCGGGGUGAAGCCGUACAAAUGCUUUGAGUGCGGGAGGAGCUUCUGUAAGAAGGCCAGCCUAACUGACCAUCAAGUAAGUCACACAAAGGAAGAACAAGUGGUGUACAAAUUCUUUUAAAUAAAACGAAACCUCCACGCGCAGACGGGAAGAGCUUUGCGCAGAAGAAAACCCUUGCCGUACGUCAGAUGAGUCACACAAGGGCUAAAGCGACAUAAAUGCCGGCUGUUUGGGGAAAGCAUAAAUAAUUACAGGAAGUGCAUCGCUCCUCAUUGAUGAAUCAACACAAUGUAGAAAGCGCACAAAUGCACAGAGUGUGGAAAAAGCUUUCCUUGGAAGACGAGCCUCACUGCACAUCAGAGAAUCCACCUUAGAAAGUCAAGAGGGUAGAAUGACCUUGAGGUCUAAUAAGGCCCUUGAAUCAGUUUCCAAACAGCUGAUGGGGUGAAUGAACUGACAGUAUGGGGGAUACUAUUGGCAGGAGUUAGGAAUGUAAGAAGAGAUUGCUGGAUCAAGCCAAUGGCCCCUCUAAUCUGGCAUCCCAUUCUCACGGUGGCCAACUAGAUGCCUUGGAGAAACCAGCAAGCAGGAUUCGAACACAAGAGCACUCCCCCCUCCUGUGGCCUGCAGCAACUGGCAUUCAGAGGCAUUCCAGGCUCAGUUCAAAGUGUGGCUGUUGACCUUUUAAAAGGCCGAACAGCCUGGGAAACAGAGUAUUGCCUCCGUGCCCACAAAUGUCGUGACACUUUGGGCACGAGCAUGGAACAUACGAGUCGAUUCCUGGCAGGGCAGGUGUUAUGACUGGGUCCGCAAUAGCUCACUAGGUUUCAGUGAUGUUAAACCCUUUAGUCAAAGAAACAAAACAGUCCGGGCCUAGUGAGCCACAGCUGCUCUUCCUGGUAGAUCUUGACCCAAGAAGGCCGUUGCGAGGACUGAAGGUUUCUUCCAAGCAAUCGGAGACUGCGCCAGCAAGCAGCCCGCCUUUGCUCUUCCCAUUUCAUACCUCUUCUGGUUCCGGGAGUCAGGGAAGCCUGUCGCAGCAGGAGGGGGAGACUCCCUGGCUUCCUCACAAGCCUG